GUCUCCGCUGCCGCCAUGGCGCCUGUGAAAAAGCUUGUGGCGAAGGGGGGCAAAAAAAAGAAGCAGGUUCUGAAGUUUACCCUCGACUGCACCCACCCUGUAGAAGAUGGAAUCAUGGAUGCUGCCAAUUUCGAGCAGUUCCUCCAAGAGAGAAUCAAAGUGAACGGAAAGGCUGGGAACCUUGGUGGAGGGGUUGUAACCAUCAAGAGGAGCAAGAGCAAGAUCACCGUAACAUCCGAGGUGCCUUUUUCCAAAAGGUAUUUGAAAUAUCUCACCAAAAAAUAUUUGAAGAAGAAUAACCUACGUGAUUGGUUACGCGUAGUUGCUAACAGCAAAGAGAGUUACGAAUUGCGUUACUUCCAGAUUAACCAGGAUGAAGAAGAUGAGGAAGAUGAGAAUUAAAACACUGGUCUGGAAUAUUUUGUAUGAAUUCAUGAAUAAAACUUAGGAACAA